UUGUAGUAGGCGAUUGAGGAGCGAGAGAGCGAUGGCAGGCGGGUUAGUUCGCGGCAAGCUGAUUGCAGUAAUCGGAGAUGAGGAUACGUGCACCGGCUUCCUGCUUGGCGGCAUUGGGGAGCUGAAUAAAAACCGGAAACCGAAUUUCUUGGUUGUGGAGAAAGAGACCAGUGUCACGGAAAUAGAAGAAACGUUCCGGAGUUUCUUAAACAGAGAUGACAUCGGGAUCAUCUUGAUCAACCAAUUCAUUGCCGAAAUGAUCCGUCACGCUAUUGAUGCUCACAAUGUUUCUAUCCCUGCUGUGCUUGAGAUUCCAUCCAAAGAGCACCCUUACGAUGCAAACAAGGACUCCAUUCUGCGUAGAGCUAAGGGCAUGUUUACCUCUGAUGACUUGCGGUAACUCUACGGCAGAGCUCCGAAUAAUUCUGGAAACCUUACAUUGACCACUUGGUGUAACCUAUUUACUCGUGAGAUAUCCUGUCCUGCUUGCAGUCAUUAGACCCAAAUCUUAAAUAUAUUGUUUCUCAUUAACAGUGA